CUGAAGCACAGGGAUCGGCCAGAGUGGACGGAGCUAUAGGAUCUCUCCCGUAAAAGCAGCACAGACACCAGUGAGACCACCAGACUCCACAGGGCCUCAGUGACUGAAGGCCUCCAUACGCACACGCACACGCACACACACAUGCACAUGCACGCACACACACAUUGAUGGAAAAUGACCAGAGUGACCGUCCCCCCCCAUACUACUCAGUAGCAGUGCCCACCCAGCCGCCUCCUCAGUAUGGAGAGGUUGUUGGGGCCAGAGGCUGGGGUGACCCUCUCUCUCAGCCUUACUACAUCCCCCAGCCUAUGCCACCUAUCAACGUCGUUGAAGUCUCCCAUAGUACCCCCCCUCGCCGUAAAAACAGACCAUCAUGUGGGAACAGUGCCUGCUGUAAAGGAGGAUCAGGAGGAGCCUUCCUAUUGAUGGUCCUACUAGGAAUCUCCAUCUGGCUGGGAGUGCGUUAUGGCCCGACCCUGGUGGCCGGCUACCUGAGUGGCAGUGAAACCUAUCGGCCCAGCGAUUUGGAAAAAGAUAGUUGCCCUUCCAACACUGUGGAGUGUGAUGGCUUCCAGGACUGCAGGCUGGGCAGUGAUGAGACCAACUGUGUACGGUUCGGGAUGAAUUGGGCUCUCCAGGUGAAGACAAACAGCAGUGGUAGUUUCCUGCCUGUGUGUUACAGUGGCUGGAAUGUGGCCCAGGCUAAGGAGGCCUGUACACAGCUAGGCUUCAGAGCGAGUUAUAGCACUAGCAAAGUAAAAGAUGGGUCUCUUAACACUCUCACUGUCACUGGGAAGACCUCCAAAACCAUCCAGGGGAGGUUGUCAUUACAUAGCUCAUCCUGUCCUGACAAGGAUGCUGUCAACCUGCAGUGUAUCCACUGUGGCCAGCAGCAGUCGUCUAGAAUCAUAGGGGGCUCUGUGGUGAAUCCGGGCGACUGGCCUUGGCAGGUCAGCCUCCACUUUCUGAGGUCUCACAUUUGCGGGGGAACUCUAGUGGCUCCUGACUUUGUGGUGACAGCGGCCCACUGCUUCCCCAGUAAGGACUCCUCGUACCUGGUGCCCAGUAACUGGAGAGUGUAUGUGGGCAUGGUGUCUCAGAUAAAUCUGCCCAGCCCUGCGAUGGUGGAUAAGAUAAUUGUCCAUGAGAGCUAUGAUGGCAACACCAAAAACUAUGACAUCACCCUGCUCAAACUCACCCAGCGUGUAGAAUUCUCCAAAAGUGUCCAGCCUGUGUGUUUGCCUGCUUAUGAUAAGACUUUCCCUCCUGGAACAAGAUGUUGGACCUCUGGAUUUGGAACAACAAAGGAGGGAGCAGCUGGUGGCUCCACAAGUCUAAUGGCAGUGUCUGUGGAUAUCAUUGACUCCCUCGUCUGUAACAAAAAAACAGUGUACAACGGCCAGGUGACUGUAAACAUGUUGUGUGCUGGAAAGUUGACGGGAGGCAAAGACUCCUGCCAGGGGGACAGUGGUGGUCCACUGAUGUGUAUGGACUCAGAUCAGCUCUGGUACCUGACGGGGGUGACCAGCUGGGGUGUAGGCUGUGGCAGGAGGAACAGUCCAGGGGUCUAUAGUAAUGUGAGCAGCCUGUUGCCCUGGAUCUACAGUAAAAUGCAGCAGUCAAGACCAUGACAGGACUGUCCGUCAUCUGGGAGAGUCAGUGAGACUGAGACUAGUGGAACCGCGCUACACAGUCAGGAAACAGAGGGUCUUCACUUAAUGUGCCUUUAAGCCUGAGGUUUUGUAGUUUUUGUAUGUAUUUAUUGUCAUCUGUACCUCUCAAAGCUCUUUGUUAUGUGUGAAAUAUGCUGCCAUUGCAUUUAUAAUGUUACCAUGUAAUCUAGAGAAAAUUCUUACAUGUUUGGUCAUCGAUUGACUGCCACACUUGAGUAGUAUGUAUAUUUGUGCAAUAUUCAAUGAGGAAUGUAUUUUACUGACAAAGCAACCUCAUAAUCAACAUUUCUUAGGAUAUAUUCCAGGUUCAUAGGAAUAUGUCUAAAGCUGCUGUCAACUACACAUCGUGUAUCAUGGCCAAUGGGAAAUAUUUGUUUAAUUCCUUGCUAUUUCAAUUUUUUACUUUUCACACAAAAUGAUCACUUUGGCUUCACCAUGUCCAUCCCUAUGUGUCAAUUGAAAUCAAGAUGAUUUUGAGUCUAAAUGUAUUACUUCACAAUCAAAAUUCUCUAAAUGCAGGACAUUUAGCAUGCAAGUCCUCAAAGAUUAUUAUGAUUUUUCUUCUGAUCAUCAUAGUUGAGUAGAGCGCCUGGCUGUAAUUGUAUUGACUAUAGUGGAGGGUAUGGAUUAUCCACUGACCUUAGUGCAUGACUGAGGUUAAGAUGAAUGGAUGCUGACAGUGGAUGACGGUAUGCCUGUGAAUAAGUCAUCCGUUAACCCUUCAACAAAUCUCAAUGACUAACCAGAGUAGGGCUCCUGCUUGGACACACACAUGGAAUUUGGCCCUUCAAAGUCACUGUGGGCCUAAACAUUCAGCUUGCAGAGUUUGACUGUGUAUUAUGUACUGACAGUAUUAGACGUCAAACACCUGGUACUGACUCAUGGCCACUCCUGUCUGUCACAUCUUAAUCUGAGCCUGGAAGAAAGUGUUUUCCCCUCAGAACUCAAGAAGUCAUUCCACCAUCCAAGAACGGUCCUCUUCACUGUCAGCUUGCCGGCUCUUAAUAAAAAUAAAGCUGUAGGCUGCUUUUAGAUUUCAGUGCAACCUUUAAAAAAAUAAAUCAAACAUCUUCACAAAUCAAAUAGUACUGUUUAAUUGAAAAUGAUUUACAUUUGUGGAUACACUUUUCUGUAUGCAUGUACGAUAUAUAUAUAUA